AGAAGAAGACGACGAAGAAGAAAACCCGCGAUACCAAAGCAACAACCAUGUAAACGUGACUUCAAAUUCAUCGCAGAAGAGUUUUACAGAUAAAAAGAAAUUGUUAUUAUUUUAUUAUUAACUAUCGGACACGAUGCGCGUCUAGCGGCGGACCCAGAGGUUAGAUGCUCCGCUCGGGACAGAAGGUUCGUGUUUACUGAGCAGUCCCAGAACAUGGAGGACGUCGCGAUGGAGUCGGACCCGGCGGAGGGUUCCGGUCCCGCCAGGGGGGUCGCCGAGGGCUGGGAGACCGUCACCGCAGCCUUGAUGUCUCCCGGCUCCUCGGAGAUGGACCAGAACCUCUCGGACUCCCUGGCCCUGCUGGGGGGUCCCGGUCUGGACCGGCUGCUGGGCGGCUGGCUGCUGGAGACGCUGCAGAUGCGCCUGUCCUCCUCGGUGGUCCCCGAGUUCUGGACCGGACUCAAACAGCCGGAGAACGAGCUGGAGGAGCGGGGCCGGGCCUGGGUCCUCCUAACCGCCUUCCGGACCCUCCUGGACCGGCUGGAACCUUUUCUGGGCGGUCUGCAGAAGCUGGGCACGUGGCAGGACGAGGGCCGCGGCAGCCUGUGCGGUCCCGGGCUCGGGGGCCUCCAGGACCGGGCCUUCACCGUGAUCCGGGCUCUGCUCCUCUUCUCCCCCUCCCCCGUCCUCCAGGAGCGAGUGCUGGAGUUCUACAGCCGGACCUUCUCCGUCUACAUGACCCGGGAGGGCCAGACCGAGGAGGGGGCCGAGGGCCCCGAAGGGGGGGGCUGCCCGGGCUGCCGGGUCUCCACGCCGCAGUGCUGGUGCUCCGAGGCCCUGGAGCAGCUCCGGGACCUGAGCCACAUCCUCUCCCGGCUGCAGCUGAUGGAGUGGGUCAGCUCGGAGGCCGUCACCUCCAUCCUGCACCGGCUCAUCGAGCAGCGGAUGGAGCAGCACUGCAGGGGCGAGUACGAGCGCUCCUUCCUGCUGGAGUUCCAGGAGUGGCUGGAGCUGGUGCUGGGCUGGCUGAGCAAAGUCUUUGCCAGCGAGGCGGACCAAGCCGGUCCUGUAGCUCCUCCCAGUCCUCCCAGCAGCCUCAGUUCUCCCAGCAUGCACCCUGGCAGCUCGGUGCUGAAGCAGUGGCGCUGCCACAUGCACCAGUUCUUCUGCCGGAUCUACGUCAGCAUGCGCAUCGAGGAGCUCUUCAGCAUCAUCAGAGAUUUCCCAGAAUCCAAAGCGGCCAUCGAAGACCUGAAGUUCUGCCUGGAGAGAACCAAUCAGAGGCAGCAGCUGCUCACCUCGCUGAAGGCGGCCUUCGAGAGCCGGCUGCUGCACCCGGGAGUCCACACCUCUGACAUCCUCACGGUCUAUAUCUCGGCCAUCAAGGCCCUCAGAGAGCUGGACCCCUCCAUGGUCAUCCUGCAGGUGGCCUGCCAGCCCAUCCGCAAGUACCUCAGGACCCGGGAGGACACGGUGAGGCAGAUCGUGGCCGGCCUCACCGGAGACGCAGAGGGCUGCACCGACCUGGCCUCGGAGCUGUCCAGGGGCGACCUCGUGACCCUGGAGCUGCAGGACAGCGACGAGGAGGGCGCCAAGCCCGAGGACUGGAGCCCGGACCCCACCGACGCUGUGCCGGAUAAGAGCGGGUCCAAGCGGCGCUCCUCUGACAUCAUCAGCCUGCUGGUCAGUAUCUACGGCAGUAAAGACAUCUUCAUCGACGAGUACCGGGCGGUGCUGGCGGACCGGCUGCUGCACCAACUCAACUACAACACCGCCAGGGAGAUCCGUAACGUGGAGCUGCUGAAGCUUCGAUUCGGAGAGUCUCACAUGCACUACUGUGAGGUCAUGCUGAAGGACAUGGCCGACUCCCGGAGGAUCAACAGUAACAUCCGGGAGGAGGAGCAGCGGCUGGAGGAGGAGGAGCGGCCUCCUCUCACCCUCUCCUCCAUCAUCCUGUCCUCCGAGUUCUGGCCCACGCUGAAGGAGGAGAAGCUGGAGCUGCCUCCACCCGUCUGCCAGGCCAUGGAGGCCUACACCCGCCGCUACGAGAAGCUCAAGGCCAUGCGGACCCUGAGCUGGAGGCCCCAGCUGGGCUCCGUCACCCUGGACCUGGAGCUGGAGGACCGGACCCUCAGCAACCUGACGGUGUCCCCCAUCCACGCCGCCAUCAUCCUGCACUUCCAGGACCAGAGUAGCUCCUCCUCCUCCUCCUCAUUCUCCUCCCCCCCCCCUGCUCCUCCUAACUUAGCGUGGUGUUCUCCGUCAGGUAGCUGGACCCUGGAGGAGCUGGGCGUGGUGCUGGGCGCCCCCAAGGAGCUGCUGCACAGGAAGCUGGCGCUGUGGCAGCAGCACGGCGUGCUGAGGGAGGAGGCGGGGGGGCGCUACCAUGUGGUGGAGACGGGCUCCUCCAAGGGGGAGGGGGGGCGGGGGGUGGUGCUCAUCGACAGCGACGAGGAGAGAGACUCCAACACCACCACCCAGUCGGAGCAGAGGGAGGAGAAGCUGCAGCUCUUCUGGGCCUACAUCCAGGCGAUGCUCACCAACCUGGACAGCAUGACUCUGGACCGCAUCCACACGAUGCUGCGGAUGUUCGUCGCCACGGGACCCGUCGUCACGGAGAUGGACGUCAACGAGCUGGAGGCCUUCCUGCAGAGGAAGGUCCGGGACCACCAGCUGAUCUUCUCCAUGGGCGUCUACAGACUGCCCAAAGCCAACUGAGGGGGCGAUGCCUUCAGGUGCUCUCUGGAAACACAGGACAGUUUGGUGUGACCGGAGCUGCUCUGGAUGGAUCCUCUUGGUCUGGAGGAGAAACGGGGGAGGGGACGGGAACGCUGCUUUUUAUAUAUAUGAAGGCUACUCCUCUCAAAAGUUUGGUUUUCAAAAUAAAAGCACUUCCUGUGUCAGUGUGGAUUCUGCAGUGA